CAGAACAAGACAAGCAUUCUCUGCGUGUCACAUCCGUUCAGCCAUCCUGACUGUCUCUGCUACGCGGCAACUCUGUCUAAAGGUACUGAACACUUUAAAUUAUGGCGUAUCUUGGCAAUAUACUUUUUCUUUGCUGGAUAAUUGUAGGUACAUCUGUGUUUGCGUCAAUGACUGUGAAGAACGAUGAAUCCCGCCCAGGAUCUGGGAGCGUUAUUCCAGCUGAAACUCGCCCGUGUGUUGACUGCCAUGCAUUUGAAUUCAUGCAAAGAGCGCUACAGGACCUAGAGAAAGCUGCUUACAGCCUGGACUCUCGGACAGAGACACUUCUCCUAGAUACCGAAAUGAGAGCUCUCUGUGACUGUCUCUCCCAAAGGCCAUGACGAUUAAUGCUACGCUCUCUCUACUAGUUCAACCAAAAUAGUCCCAUGUAUGGUUCAACAAAGCGCUUUCAAGUAAAUGAGGCAUCACGAGUCUGACAUCAAUGAGAAAUCAGACAUCUUUUUUUAUAAGGAUAUACUUACUACAUCAUUGGAAACAAAAAAGGACUUGGAAAAAGUAUUGCAUUUUCCCCCAUAUUUCUUUGUUUUUGAAACAAACACCAUA